AUGGAAAUGAUAUUACCAGUACCAACUUACGACGAAGAAUCUGCGUACAAUCAAUCCCCCAUCAAGCCCAACAACGACAACAACAACGACAGCAACAACAAACGCCAACGCCGGCCGCCACAACGACAGUCACCGGUGCAUGUUUCAUCCUUCGACAUGCAUAGUGUUAGUAGCAGUAGCAGCAAUAGCAGUAGCGGUUUCAAUUCAUCAUCACAAGCAGCAGCAACAUCAGAUCGAGAAGAUGCAGUGACAGAACGAACCUUGUUCCCACCGACCAAUGUAAUGGUUCGAACUCCUAGCAGUACUACUGGUGGUAGUCCUAGAAGAAAGAAACCCAAUGCUGCUUCUGCCGUCACCAUGGCAGGACUUGCCCAACCUUGUGAUUUGGGGUUCAUGUGUUUCAAACCUUAUUCCAUUGAUGAAUUGUCCGAUACUACUCCCCCGAGGAGAAACACGGUCAAUCGACACCAACAUUAUGACGAUAGAAGGCGGAAGGCAGUAAAGCAUAAUAAUGCCACCAAUAGUAAUCGGGAGACAACGGCCGACCAACCACCGCCACCACCAAGCAAGAGCACCCCGCCCGCUGAAGAAAUAUUCGUGGAAGAAGUGGCCAUGGAUUAUGAACCCAAAACAUGCUUGAAGACAAAGUAUUUGAUAAUGUGUUCCGCUUCCUGUAUCUUUCUAAUGAUGGUUGGCAUUGUGGCUUCUAUAUGGUUCCUAGUCGAACGACAACAAGCGUUUGCAGCAAGAAAAACAGCAGCAGCAACAACAGCAGAUAACAACAACAACAACAAUGUGGCGGAUCCUUUUCUAAUCGACGGAACAUUUGCUCCCGCAUCCAUACUAGCGAGUCCCACGGAUAUGCCUUCGCAAAGCCCGUCUUCUUUUGGAGAAUGA